ACUUUCUUAAGCUUCCACUUGUUGUAUCAACAAUGUCCUAGGAAGUGUAUUUAAUGGUGUAGCAUGGCAGUCCAAAAUUCCACGAUAUCAUUCAUCUCAUCACCAUCAUCUACUCCCCAACAGAUUCACUCAAACAACACCUAUCUUUUCAGCCUGACCAACCAACAACUUGUUAAUCAUAAUACUUGACGAGGAAAUCGCUCGAGAUGUCUACCCAAGAGCGUAGAAAAGUAUACAAAAUAGAGGACGAUGAUGAGCUCAGCUCAGACGCCCACAGUGGUGAAGGGGAAGACUACAAAGCCAUCGAACAGCUUACGCUGGCAGACGCGAAAAAGCGGAAGCACGGUGAGUUACUCGUAGCUUCAACAUGGGCGGGAAAUAUCCGCCGGAAACUCUCCGAGAUUGAGGAAAUUGGUCUCGAAGAGUUGAAGGCGCAAAAACAUAAAGAGAUAGAUAAAGCGACCAAAAAAGCAGAUAACAUCCGCUGGGCUCUCAUUGAAGUCGAAGACUGGGGGUUAGCGAUUAGAGAAGGGUUGCUGCCUGACGGAACACCACUCAAGUUCAGCAAUUACUUCAUCACGCACCUAAAGGGAGCCGUCGAGAAGGCCGAAGCUGCCAUGGCCCUCGCUAAAAUCGCGGUCAGAGCUACUCUUAAUAUUUCAUAUUUAGGACUGCUCUCUCGAACUUCAUUCGCCCUUCUCGGGGUGCCAUUUACGAACUUGACAGAUACCUACGAAAGCCUGACGAAGGAACUCCAAAACUUGGAGAAAAGAAUAAAGAUGUGGAGGGAAAUUGCCGACAAUCGUGGUGUCCCGGUGGGCAAAGGAAAAGGCAGCGCCUACAAUGUGGAAGACGAUCCUAUGGCAAAUCCCGCGGAUCCGUUCUUCGAAGCGGACGAGGAGGUUCGUGAGAUUCUAAAACAAGAACUUGAGCAAACCAUAAACAACGCCACAACAAUUGAUGGAAAGCGUGUUGACAGUAAGGCAAUCCUGGAUCGGUAUUUCAACUAUUUGAACCAGUAUCGUGACAACUUCUACGCAGCCGUGGGAACGCCGGAGGAAAAGAAGACGAAGAAGCUGCUCCGGAGUAAAGAAGUCGCAGAGAGACUAGCAGAAAGACGGGAGAAAAGAUUUCAGGCGGCCAAAGAGGAAAGGGUCAAGAGAAAGGCACAGCAGGAAUUGAACGAAAAGAGAAAGGCGAGGACCGAGAUGAGAAAGGAUAUCAUCAGAAAGGCAGAGCUAGACCGGAAAGACUUUGAGGAGAGAAAAAGAAAGAGGGCAGCGGGGAGCGGAGAGGAUUUGAGGCUUGGAUUCUAUACACCGCCAGUCGAAGACGGCGAGCCAGAUCUGAAGCGACUUCGGGUUAAAUCACCACCCGUAUCGACGCCGCCGACGCCGGAAACACCGGAAAUACAUAGGAGGAGACCAAAUCCACCAAUGCCAGUAACACCACCAAUGCCGGAAACACCGGUAGUACAUAAAAGGACACCACCACCAACGCCACCGAUGCUGAAAACACCGGAAAAGCCGACAUGGGGUGUAAGACCAGUUGGGCCAGUUAGGCCGACACCAUUGCCAACACCGGAAUGGGUCAAGUCGCUCUUGCGUCGCGAAUGAAGUCCGAAUGAUUUAAGUCUCUCAUAGCAGCCUUGCCUGAAGUCAGGUUACAGAUUUUAGUGUUGCAUCGCGAGAUCUAGCCAACUCAUCCAUACGAAUUUUAGGAUGUAUUAUCUCUUAGAUCUCUAGGCAGUUGAAGUACUACCUGAUACAGCUUAAUUAGUUUGCCUAUUUACUUUUAGUCAUAAAUGAAGUUAUUAUUUAAAUGAAAAUUAUUUCCCCCUGAGGUGUGAAAAGAUAAACAAUGGCCCUUGAAGCUUUUAUUAAGUCGAGUUCAAUCAGAGCAAGGGUAUUCCAAGAGGCUUAGUUUGAACCUUUCGGGAGCCUUAUAUGAAUGAAUGUGUUAGCCGACAAUAUGAUAAAGAGAACAAGAACCAAGAACGAAGAUGUGUG